UCUGUGCAGCCGUUAGGCGGCAGUAAUGUUAUUUCAACCAUUCGCCUUCUAAACAGUGAAAGAAGGAUCUGCAUGAAACGCUUCCUGUGUGUUAUACGAAAACAACACGCUGGAGACGAAAGCUGGUGUGGUUUGCGCCUGAUGUUGUCCAGUGCUCUCCGCUGCCUGCGUCCCUCCACCUGCACCCUUGCCUUAACUAGACAGCUGACCUAUCGCCGGCCCCACAUGGGUCCUGUAGAGACCACAAUACAGACCAAACUGACCCAGGCCCUCAAACCUGAGCACCUGGAAGUCAUAAACGAGAGUCACAUGCACGCCGUACCUGCUGGUUCAGAGUCCCACUUCAGAGUUCUGGUGGUGAGUCCUCAGUUUGAGGGUCUUUCGCUCUUGCAGCGCCAUCGGCUUGUAAACGAGACUCUGAAGGAGGAGCUAAGCACCUGCGUUCAUGCCCUUGCCAUCCAGGCUAAGACGCCCCAGCAGUGGAGCAGCAACCCCAGCCUGGCCAAAAGCCCCCCUUGCAUGGGAGGAUCCAAGCAUGAUAACACAAUGGCAGAGAAACUGAAGGCGGGUCGAGACUGACUGUCAUUUCAAAAACAAGAAGUGUUGAUGGAUAUUUAAUAUUAUAAUAAUCAGAUAUGAAGUUAAUCAGUUGGUGCCUCAUGCAUAUUUCUCAUCUGGAGCUGAGCGGGACUAAUGCUUACAAUUAAUUUGCUUCAUACAAACAUUAUUAUUAGUAGUAGUAGUAUAAUGCAGUUUGUUCUUAAUAACUUGGACUGGUUAGGUGUUAUAAUAAACAUUAUUUAUGCUUAAUUUACAUCAGAGGGACAUUUCUUUUAUCAAUUGAAAUUAAAAUGAUUGUUAAAUUUCUUUAUUAAUUUUUUUUUAUUUCAAAAUUAAUGAAAACAUUUAGUAAGGAUAAGAAAUAAUAUAUAGUGCAGCCCUGCAUCUUUCAGAAAAAAAAAAAACAUUUCUGGUGAUUUGCCAAAAAAAAAAAAAAAUUAAUUUGUUGAUGAGUUCAAAAAUAUAAAUAAAAACUUUCCUUUACCUACUUUUUUUUUUUUUUUCACAAAACAAGAAUGAAAAUCGUUCAUUAUUCAUUAUAUAUCAACUUCAACUUCAGUGCAUUUAUCAAAAUAACAAUAUUAGUCAAAUGUCAAAAGUUUUCAUUUUCAUGACUAAAAGAAAUAUUCAAAACAUAUUGUUUAAUUUGCAAUCCACAAAGGAAUAAAUAAAUAAAUGAACUUUUUCCCUGAAUAUUUUCUGUCGCUUUUUGGAUGUACACCACCACUCAAAAGGUUUUUUUAUUUAUUUUUAAUUUUUUUUCUGCUCACCAAGCCUGCAUUUAUUUGAUCCAAAGCAAUAACAGUAAAAUUCUGAAAUAUUUUUACUAUUUAAAAUAACCGUUUCUAUUUGAAUAUAUUUUAAAAUGUCAUUUAUUCCUGUGAUUUCAAAGCUAAGUUUUUAGCAUCAUAAAUUCAGUCACAUGGUCCUUCAGAUAUCGUUCUAAUAUUCUGAUUUGCUGCUAAAAAAAACAAAACAUUUAUUAUUAUUAUUAUGUUGAAAACAGCUGAGUAGAUUUUUUUUCAGGUUUCUUUGAUGAAUAGAAAGUUCAGAAGAUCAGCAUUCAUUUGAAAUACAAAUCUUUUGUAACAUUAUAAAUGUCUUCAUCACUUUUGAUCAAUUUAAAGCAUCCUUGCUAAAUAAAUGUAUUAUUUUAAUUAAUACAAAUCAGCAUAUUAAAAUGAUUUCUGAAGGAUCAUGUGACACUGAAGACUGGAGUAAUGAUGCUGUAAAUUUAGCUUUGAUCACAGGAAUAAAUUACAUUUUAAAAUAUAUUCAAAUAGAAAGCAGUUAUUUUAAAUAUUUCACAAUUUUACUGCUUUUGCUGUACUUUGGAUCAAAUAAAUGCAGACUUGGUGAGCAAAAGAGAAUUCUUUAAAAAACAUUUUAAAAUAUCUUACUGUUCAAAAACUUUUGACUGGUUGUGUAGUAAAACACCCACAGGUGUAGCAGAAAACAUCUGGGUCAUGUUUGCAUUGUAAUUUUUUCCUUCUGGCUUCUAAAACUGCAUUGUAUUAUCUUGAAUCUGUAGUGUUUGUACAGUAACUGGCAGAAGUGGUACCACCAGAGGGCAACAGAACACCAGAGUGCAGUUAUAUGUGUAUAACAUGACAUCUGUGGAGUGCUGCCUCUUCCACUUGAAAAUCACAUCUGGUUAUGUAAUUGAAUAUAAGCAGAGAUUCAUUUGUGGCAAAACAAGCUUGAUCUCUGUCUGACAACGCCAGAAUUGGUUCUGGCGCUAUCUAUUUUUGUGGAUCCCCCCACGUUAAAUACAUCUAAAAGAAGUUAUUUAUUUAGCAAAGCAGUGUGAAAAUGAUUAAUUAAAGCAACAAAUAUAAUAUGUAAGCUCACAAUCCUUAUGUCAACUUUCAUAAUCUAAUACCUAAUACAAACAUCAGGUUAUAGAGGUGAUGGAAAUAUGUUAAGCUUUUGUUAUGCUUUUUUUUUUUUUUUUUUUUUUUUUUUUUU